CGGCACCACCCCCAGCGCCCACAGGGGCGGGCGGCAUGGGCGGGGCCUCUCUUCCCUGGUCGUCUGUUGCUAGAGAGCGGGGCGAGGGGCCUGUGAGGGUCUCGCGGGCGGCGGCGGCCAGGGGUGCGCUUCGGGCCGGAGAAAACGAGAGCGGCAGCUUGGGACCCCUCUUGGGACCUCCAGGGGCUUCGCGCGCCGCCCUCGUUGACCCGCGGCGCCGGAACUUUACAGCAGCUCUCCUUUCCGGGUUGGUGAUCCGCCUGAGCUGGGCCAGCGAGCGCGCCGGGGUCCGGGUGACGCGGGGCAGCCCCACGCCGCAGCCGCCCGGACUUGGGCGGGGCGGAGCGCGGCCGGCCACCUGUGCGCACCGCCGGCCACCUGUGCGAGCCGCCUCCGCAGCGUGGCUGGGGAGGUCGACGGUCCGGUCCCUGAGCGCCAUGAAGCCCAACUUCUCGCUCCAACUGAGGGUCUUCAACCUCAACUGCUGGGACAUUCCCUACGUGAGCAAGCACCGGGCUGACCGCAUUAAGCGCCUGGGAGACUUUCUGAACAUGGAGAGCUUCGACCUGGCCCUCUUGGAGGAGGUGUGGAGUGAGCAGGACUUCCAAUACCUGAGGCAGAAGCUGGUUGUGACAUACCCAGCUGCACACUACUUCAGGAGCGGAAUCAUUGGCAGUGGCCUCUGUGUCUUCUCCAAACACCCAAUCCAGGAAAUCUGCCAGCACGUCUAUACCCUCAAUGGCUACCCCUACAUGAUCCAUCAUGGUGACUGGUUCUGUGGGAAAGCUGUGGGGCUGCUGGUGCUCCAUCUCAGUGGACUGGUGCUGAAUGCUUACGUGACCCAUCUGCAUGCUGAAUACAGUCGACAGAAGGACAUCUACCUAACACAUCGUGUGGCCCAAGCUUGGGAACUGGCCCAGUUCAUCCACCAUACAUCCAAGAAGGCAGAUGUGGUUCUGUUGUGUGGGGACCUCAACAUGCACCCAGGAGACCUGGGCUGCUGCCUGCUUAACGAGUACACAGGCCUACAUGAUGCCUACCUCAAGACCCAAGACUUCAAGGGCCCUGAAGAAGGCUACACCAUGAUAAAGCAGAACUGCUACGUCAGCCAGCAGGACCUGGGGCAAUUUCCUUUUGGCAUUCGAAUUGACUAUGUGCUUUACAAGGUGGUUUCUGGGUUCUACAUCUCCUGUAAGACGCUCAAGACCACUACUGGCCAUCACCCUCACAGUGGCACUCCACUCUCUGAUCAUGAGGCCCUCAUGACAACUUUGUGUAUAAGGCAUGGUCCCCCUGAGCAGGACCACAGCCCUUCCCACGGACCAGCAGAGAAGUCAUCACUGAUCAGAGUGCUAAGGGACACCUGGAUAGAGCUGGAGCUGGGCAUAGCUCGAGCUCGCUGGUGGACUGCCUUCGCUGGCUAUGUGGUUGGUCUGGGGCUGCUUCUCCUGGUGUUACUGUGUGUCCUGGUAGCAGGGGAAGGGGCCAGGGAAGUGGCCAUACUGCUCUGGAGCCCCAGUGUAGGAUUGGUGCUAGGGGCAGGCGCAGUCUCCCUCUUCCACAUGCAGGAAGCCAAUGGCUUAUGUAGGGUCCAGGGUGAGCUCCAGCAUGUGCUGGGAAAGGCAAAGGAGGCCCAGGACUUGGGCCCAGAGCCUCAGCUAGCCCCACUCCUGGCCCAGCAGGAGGAGGACAGAGCUGAGGAAUAAUAAAGCUUGACACUUCAGUG